ACCGGGCAACCAUGGAUGGCAGCAAGAGCCUAGACAUCCGCUUCCCCCCUCCGUGUUGAUCGACGCAACAUCGCCAGAGACAUCGAUGAACGCUGACGAAUUCCGAGAGGUUGGACAUGCAGCCAUUGAGCAGAUCGCUUCCUACUUUGAAACCCUGUCAGAGAGGGAUGUCGAGUCAAGUGUCAAGCCCGGCGAUUGUGCCGCCUCGUUCGCUCGAGAGCCGCCCGCCAAGGGUCAGCCGAGCUCUGAUUUGCUCAAGGACUUCAAUCACCUCGUCCUGCCCGGCAUUUCUCAUUGGCAACACCCCUCAUUUUUCGCUUACUUCCCAGCCAACACGACCUUUGAAUCUAUCCUAGCAGACCUGCUCGUCGGAGCAGUCAGCAACCCCGGCUUCAAUUGGUCCUGCUCGCCCGUCUGUACAGAACUAGAGACGCUCAUGAUGCGCUGGACAGCUCUGCUCUUUGGUCUCGAUCUCUCUUUCACCAACGAGCAAGCGCCCGGAGGUGGCAUCAUUAUGGGAUCCGCCAGCGAGAGCACAGUCACCAUAUGUAUAGCAGCACGAGAGCGAGCUUUGCAGAUCGUCGAUGCAAGCUAUGUCCGCGGUCAGGUCUCUGCCUUUUCUUCUCGGCUCUCGAUCUGGGUCACAGAUCAGACACACUCGCUAGGAGCCAAGGCUGGCCUCAUCCUGGGUCUGCCCGUCCGAACCCUGCCCACUCGCGCGCAAGACGGCUAUGCGCUCACAGAGUCGACGCUAGCUUUAGCCCUGGCGGAUGCGAAGGCGAAAGACGAGGUUCCAUGUAUACUUAUUGCCACGCUCGGCUCGACCAGCUCUGGCGCGAUAGACGAUCUCGAGGGCAUACUCGGAGCAGCAAGAGCCUGUCCGACACUGUAUAUUCACAUAGAUGCUGCCUGGGCUGGCGUCGUCCUCGCUUGUCCAGAACACAGAGACGAAGCUGGACUGUCGGCAAUCAAUUGUCGCUCGGGCUUGACCGUCCAGGCGGCCAAUAAGGCCAGAUCAUUCGCAUAUGGCGAAGUCACAUCCUUUUCUACAAACAUGCACAAAUGGGGCCUCGUCACCUUUGACGCGAACUGUCUCUGGACAAGGGACAGAACUCAGCUGACAGAUGCGCUCGACAUAACGCCGCCCUUUUUGCGCAAUCAGUUCUCAGACUCGGUGAUCGAUUAUAGGAACAUGCAGAUCUCACUCGGGCGGCGAUUCCGAUCUCUCAAGAUCUACUUUGUACUGAAGAGCUACGGCGUCGAGGGCUUCCAGCGCCACAUUCGAGCUGGCAUCGCCCUCGCCGAACGACUCGAGAAGUUGCUUGUCGAAGAUGCCGAUUUCGAGCUCGUGACAUCUCGUCGCUGGUCUCUCGUCGUCUUCCGGCUAAAGGCGAGAGCACAAGAAUCGGCAGAAGAGACGAAUGCGCUCAACGCAGAGCUAGUCGAGCGGCUGAGCCAAGACAGGAGCAUCAUGCUCACGCAGACAGUUCUGAGUGGCCGCACUUGUAUCCGGUUCGCUAUUGGCUCGCCUCAAACGCAAGCUGAGCAUAUCGAUGAGGCGUAUACGACGAUCAGGCGGGCAGCAGACGCAGCCGUGGCCUCCAAACGCAUAUCAGACUUGGUUGUCUGAUCAGAAUGCAGCAUAGGCUCACCUGACCGCGCUAAGCUAGCUAUGGCUCAUAUGGCUAGGCCAGCUAGCCGACAAGCGUAAGGUAGCUCUCUGGUAUCAGGCCCUGCUC